AUGUUUUCGCAAGAGAAUCGAGAAACCACCAAAAUACCGAAUUCCGCAUCUUCGCUCUCUUUUCCUUCACCUACUCAUGCUAAUUUAUUUGCGCGUCGAGGCAGCGGGGCGAGCGCUAUUACUUCCCCAACAGUUAGAUAUAAUCCAGCGGAUGUACCCACUUCAAUAACGGAUUCAUCGCAUUUUCAUGAUUCGUCCAAACCUGGUUUAGGAGAACAAGCUACUAAUGAUACAAAAAGGAAUUUGUUAAGAAAUAGGUCUAGUGUUGUGUUAAGGGCCGAGGGAAAGUUCGAAACAGAAAAAUAUCAUCGUCAAGGUGUUGAUAAGGCUUUAGAAACUGAUAAUCUGACUGAUAAAAGUCCUAGACAAGCAUCUACCGAGGAGUUCACAUUUAGUGGGUCGUCAUAUGCUUCUCCAAAUUCUGAGACAACAAUAGAAAAAAAGAAGCGAUUACGACUUAGUUUAAAAGGCCUACGUGGGUCAAAGCCUAAUGUAAAAAUUUCUUCUUUGAGCGAUAAUGGACAAAAAAGUCCGUCAUUACAAAAUUCUGAUCAAGGUCGAUUAACACUAACCCACCGUUCUUCGCGCAGGGGAUCCUAUGAGGAUGUUCAUCAGAAUCGAUCAUCAGAGUCAAUUAUAUCUGUUCCUCCAACCCCAUCCAAGGACACAAAUAAAGUUUUAGCAUCACCCAUCUCAUCAAAAUCCAUAUUCUCAUUUUUCGGAUCACAUACAAACAAUUUAGAACAAGCGAAAAAUGAGAAACCAUUUUUUAAUCGUAGUAAUAGCACUCCAACUUUGGAAGUGAAAGAAACACAUACAAUGCAUAAAGACUAUGAUCCUGCAACAGGAAACAAAAUAAUUAACAAAUAUAUGUUGAUCAAGGAAUUGGGUAGGGGAGUGCACGGAAAGGUCAAAUUGGGGAAGGAUUUAGAACUAGGAGAAUUGGUUGCCAUUAAAAUUGUUGAUCGAGUGACUCGUCGUCGGUUAGGCUCACGUAGCAAUGAACUAACCAACGAGCAAAAAAUUAGAAAAGAAAUCGCAAUAUUAAAGAAAUGCAUUCAUCCACAUGUCGUCAGGCUUAAAGAAGUCAUCGAUGACCCAAUGAGCAGAAAGAUUUAUAUGGUCCUAGAAUAUAUGGAGGGGGGUGAAAUACGAUGGAAAGAUGAUCUUGAUCGCCCUGUUAUAAGUAUUGAAGAAGCACGAAGGAUUUUUAGAGAUGUGGUGUUGGGUUUGGAAUACCUUCAUCAUCAAGGGAUUAUACACCGAGAUAUCAAACCGGCUAACUUGCUGCUUACGGCUGAUGGUGUUGUCAAAAUUUCCGAUUUUGGCGUAUCGCAUUUUAGUCAACGUUCCAUUAAUAAAAAAAUUUCGGGUGCAUCUGCUCAGGAAGACAUGGAUUUAGUUAAGACUGCUGGGAGUCCUGCAUUCUUUGCUCCUGAGUUAUGCUACCCUGGUGAUUUUUCGAAGGACUCGGUACCUGUAUCGACAGUUAACAUUGGCACAGCUAAUUCUUCACCCGGACGUGUGCAACGACCCCCCGUCACUAAGGCCAUUGACGUUUGGGCACUUGGUGUGACAUUGUAUUGCUUCAUUUUUGGUCGAUGUCCUUUCAUAGCAGACACCGAGUUUGAACUGUUUUUUCACGUUAUUCCUCGUCAAGAACUGGAAUUUCCUAGUGAUAUACCUAUCGACAAUGAUCUCAAAGAUCUGCUUAUGAGGCUAUUAGAAAAAGAUCAACAAAAGAGGAUAACUUUAGAAGAAGUCAAAAAACAUCCAUGGGUUAUUACGGAUUUGCCAAACCCGCAAAAAUGGAGGGAGGAAACUGAUCCAAAGAAGUAUCAAGCUUUGACAGUCACUGAUGAAGAAGUUAAAAGCGCAUAUACUUUAAUCGACCGUCUGAAAAAGAAAAUACGUAAGAUAUCAGUGUCUCUAGGGAAUUUAACUAUAAGCAAUAUUCGAAGGCGUUCAAGAUCUGUUUCAGGAUCAUCAACACCUGAAUUUACAGAUGAUUUGUCAACUUCUGUGCUCCCUACAACUCCUACAUCUCCUAUUACUAUUCGGACACCCAACUCUCAACAAACUUUACGCGCUACACAUCAAAGGCAUGCAAGCCUCUAUGGUUCGAGUUUUCCUGAAACGUAUGCUCGACAAAGACAAAAGGAUUUUGAGAACUUUGCAGAUGAAACAGCUCCGUCCCUGUCGUCAUCGUCAUCCUACUCUACAAUAGCGACAGGUUUCCAAGUUUGGGAUCGACAGGAUGGUUAUCUUUCUCGAUCGGGAUCUCGACAACUCGCAGUGAAAAGGCAAAGUAAUAACUCGCAUAGCAGUUUGAAUCAAAGUUGGGUGUUGACUCCAGAUGUGUCAAGCGAAGAAAAGAUAUUUGCGCAUAAUGAGAACUUCGAUGAUAACAUAUACCAUGUUUCGUCGAAUAUAACUUCCGUUCAGAAUAAUCAGUUCUCCAAUGUACGCAUGAUUGAACCUGAUGAUUCUUUCGGAAGCGGUUCAAAAGCAGCCAGUAAAGAAAGUAUAGAAAUUAUAGGCACGACUGAAAGUAACGAGGGCGGGGACGAUGGAGUAUUUUUCGAAAGUAAUAAAUAUAGGAGACAGAAUACUUUAUAA